AGACCAUGCGAUGUGAUUGAACACUGCAGAAAAGGUAUUGUGUAGGUUCCCACUGAUUGAAGAAGUGGACAGCAUCACUAUGUCUCACAGACUGACCAAGGAAGAGCUGGAUGAACAGUUUGAGCUGUUCUUAAAAGAGUCUGUUUCAGAUGACUCGGUGGAUUUGGGCGGCUCUGAGAAGCAGCCCUGUGCUAAAAGUGAUGAGAAAUCAGCCCUGAAACCAGCAGUCUCAUGGUGGCAAGAUGAUGAACACAGUGAUGGAGGAACAGGGAGAGGACUGCUGGGUUCGGGGAAGUCCUUCAGAAAGUCUUUGAGGAAGUCUCACCCUAUUCGCGAGGAGGAUGAGGAUCCAGGAGACGCUGGUUUGAAGGAAAAAGGGCUAGAAGCAGUUGUUCUCAGCAGCGUCAACACAGAGACGGAGGAAUCAGUGAUGGUACCAGCAGUGAACAUGACCAGCAUGGGCUUGGAAACUCUAGAUGAAGAAGAAGAGAAAGCAAGUUUUUUUGCGCGACUAGAAGCAGGAGCCUUAUCAACUAUAGAUUACUCCAAACUGAACAGAGAGCUGGACUCAACUAGUUCCACCAUUGGUACUAACCUCAGGAAAGCUGAGGAAGCACCAGAGCAGAGUGAUGGUGGUCAACAGAAGGCCGGAGGGACAGAGACCGUUAGAACCUCCCCAGCUUUGACAGGCUCUCCACACUACAGUGAUGAUUUUGAGGAUGAGGAGAAACAGCCACAGGAGGAGAAGUCUAAGAUUUCUCCAAUUAUUUCCAAAGUUUCUCUGUAUGAUUCUUUGGAUGACACCAAUGGAGAGGACAGAAGGAAGGACAGAGCAGGAUCACUGGACAGAGGCCCCUCAUAUGUGCAGAGUGGAGGCUCAGACAUGGAGGCUCUUCAUGAGGCCUACAGACAGAUCCAUGUUGUGGAGGAUUCAGGUGACUUUAAUCACCACUAUUCAUCUGUGGAAGAGAAAGGAAGGAUCCACAGAUCCGCGUCUCCAUCCUUCCCUCCUCAACGUGCCACACAGUCGCUUCAUCCUUCUUCUACCAAUGAAUCAGAUCUACCCACUGCAGAGGAGCUGAUGAGGCCCAUCCACCCAGAGAGGGACCAUAUCAGAGGGUUCACCCUCCAGCCUAUCUGUGCUGUGGAACAUGACCAAGAGAAAAAAUCCUGCUCCUUGGAAAGGACUUUCCCAGAUGUGACAGAGUCACAAGUGAAGCGACCAGGGAAGACUGACCCUGUCGUGGGAAUAAAGGGAGCCAAGGAACCGACUAGCCACCCAUCCAGCUCCUCAGACCAUCCCAACCAUGACCUGACAUGGAGCAUCAGAGAGGAAGUGGACAGGCUGAUGGAGGAUCACUACAAGUCUUCUUCCUACAUGUCCUCUGAGGCUGGCAACGUUAGGAAACAAAUGGCCUUCCGUAGCUCCACCAUUUCUCACCCUUCUACGUCUUCAGUGAGGAAGCCCACGGUGGCCCCGAGGAGAGGCAGAAAAAUAGAGGGGAGAACAGCAGCGACUUCCAAGUCAUCGGGGCUCAGUAGAGCUGCUGCUACAGCCAAAACCCGUUCUCCACAGAGUCCGUCAAAAGCUGAGUCCGCGAAGAGCCAAGACAAAGAUGACUACACAGAUGUGAAGGCGAGCAGUGAGCUGGUGGCAUCUGUUCAGUCCUUAGUGGCUGUCCUCCAGCAGCAGAUAGACACCAGCAGUCACCAGGACACCAGACUGACACACAGUCCUCCGAAGAACAAUAGGGAUGAGGGCAGCUCUUUGGUGGAGGAGCUGAGAGUCCAGCUGGCUCAGAAGGAGAGGGAGAUACAAAUGAUGAAAGGAGGAGCAGAGGAGCUCGACUCCCUCAGACAGCAGAACUACCUGCUGCAAAGCAAGCUACGAAGUGCAGAAGGAACCAGUCAGAGGAGGAGAUGGGCCGAGGCCACAGACCCUGCAACAGAGGAAAAACUCCAACAGAUAGAUAAAGAAAUGAAAGAACAGGAGGUGCUCAUAAAAGGUUACCAGCAGGAGAAUGAGAAGCUGUACUCGCAGUUGAAGGCUCAGCAGGCAAAGAGUAAAGCCAACGAGGAAGCCAUGUUUAAGGAAAACCAGAGGCUGCUGAGUGAGCUGGAUUUCACAAGGGAGCAGCUGCGUAAAACCCCAAGGCCUGUGGGAAAUAUCUGUUUGAUGGAUCACACUCAACGCAUUGCAGACUUGUUAGCUCAAGUACAUACAUUUCAGAGGAAUGAGGCUAAGCUGUCUGAGGACAUUCACAGACUGAAACAGGAGAAGCAGGCUCUGGAGGUAGACCUGCAGCUGAUCAAGAAAGAGAGAGACCUGGCUAAAGCCAAGGCCAUCUCCACUUCAGGUGAUAAGACCUUUGAGAUGCGUGUAUUGGAGGACAAGCACAGAGAGGAAGUGUCGGCCUUGAAGAAGAAGCUGCAGUGGUUUGCUGAGAACCAGGAGCUGCUGGACAGAGACGCUGGCAGACUGAAGGCUGCGACAGCAGAGAUAAACCAGCUCAAAGAGCAGGUGGAAAAACUGAAAAUGGAGGUGGGCAAAAGAAGCAGCGAGCAGCUCCGAAAGACAAAAGAGAAAUCGGUGGAAACAAAGAAGAUGCAGGACCUGGAGAGACAGGUGAAGGAGCUGGAGAAGAUACUAAGACACAGAAACCCAAACUCCCUGCCUGCUCUUAUCUACGCUGCAGCUAGUGCUGGAGGCGAGGAGCGCGCCGACGCCGCUAAGACGUCUCCGCCCGGCCGCAUCACCACUCUGCUGGAGCGGAGGAUUCAGCGUCUGGAAGCGGAGCUGGAGAACCGUGAUGAAGAGGCCAAACACAGUCUGAGGGCCAUGGAACAACGGUUCCACAGAUUGAAGCUGCACUACGAGCAGCAGAUCUCAGAGCUGGAGCAGCAGCUGGAGCAGAAACAGCAGGUUGAAGCAGCAAACUCAGCACCUGAGACAAAGCCGUGGAUGUCACAGGUUCAAACUCUGGAGGAGGAGCUACAGCGGGCGAAGGAAACCCACCAAGAGAAAGAAAAAGCCCUUCACAGCCAGGUUGAGUCUCUUCAGCAGCAGCUCGUAAACAAGGUCCAGCCGAGUCCAAGCCGACACCAGCGUCAAACCGAGGCAGCGUUCGGAGUUCGGAUAGAGCGGUUGAACCACGAGCUUGCUGCCAAAACGCGAACCAUUCAGGAGCUGAGCCGCACCGUGGAGAGGCUGCAGAAGGAGAGGAGGAGCAUGCUGUCCAUCCCCAACUCACGAGCAGAAACCCAUUCUACAGAGACCAAACGGCAGCCAGGCCCAACAAAGACGCCCUGCUCUGCUACUGCGAGAGAGACAUGUGGAGAGGAGGAAACUUUCCCAGCUGCUCAGUAUGAGAAGACCUACCAGCCCACUGUCUUUGCAGGGAGUCACAUCUCUGAGGUUCUGCAGGAGAGCGAGGCUCUGAGGCAGCGUCUGGAGCUGCUGCAGCUGCAGAGUGAGCAGGAGAAGGAGGCGUUAAAGGCUGAGGCUGCGCAAGCCAAGAAGGAGCUCUGCAGGCUGAAGGAGCAAUCUGCAGAGCAGCUGUCCUCUAUGAAGGCCGAGCACCUCAGGGAGUUAGACCAGCUGCGUAUCACCCACGCCCUGGAGCACUCGUCCUCAAAGGUUGCUGAACAGGCCAAUCAGCUCAACACUCAGGAGAUAAUGAUGAGACAUUUGCAAGAGCAACUAAAAGAGCUGCAGGGAACUAAAGAGGCACUGGCAAUAUCCAGGACCCGAGAGAACGCUCUGCAGAAGCAGCUGACCAGACUGCUGAAAGAGCUGAAGGAAGCUAAAGAAGCUCAGAGCCCUGAGGUGAAACUCCUUUGUGGCCUGGAGAGGAAGAUCCUCAACAUGGAGCUCAGACACCAGCACAGAGAGAAGGAGCUGAAGCAGGUGAUUGGUGGGUCGUGGCAGGUGCUGGAGGCUAAUCAGCAGUCAGAGGUGGAGCACUGGAAGCAUCUGGCUCAGGAAAAGAGCAGAGAGCUGGAGGCUUUCCGUGUGGAGCUCGAUUCCAUCCUGGACAUCAUGAGACACCUUCAAAGACAAGGAGUGGUGUUUCCCACUCCUGACCCCCCACCCCCAUCACAGCCCUCCCUCAGUUAGAUCUGACUCGUAGAGGCCAGUGAAAGCUUGUGCACUGAAGCCAAAGACAACAAAAGCAAUGCUCAGUGUCUCAGCCUGAGACUUGGUUCACGUGAAAGGACUCUCCUUUGACAGGCAGUGUCAAUGGACAGUUCUUUCUGUUCCACAUCAGUUGCAGACUCAACAUUAGCAAUAAUUCAUGUUUACAUGACAAACAGACAUAAGGCUACAAGCUGCAGAAACAUUUGAAGCUGUGGCUCCGUAAGGAAAAAAAAAACCAGAUUGUCUUUAUACAUAUACAAAAGCUACUUUUUUAUUUAAAUUAUUGAAACUUAUUUAAGGUG